AUGAUCACAAGAAUAAACGACUUUGCAGUUCACUAUCCGUGCUACUUUGUGGCGAAGAAGACAUGGUAUAUUAAGAAGGUCCCCAUCCCUUGUGUUGCUCUGGAAAAGAGAAUACAACAUGUUGCCUUUGUGCGCAAGCGACCUUGGAUUGUUGGUGAAGACCAAUGGGGAGUGUCAAAAGAGAGUUCUGCGGAAAACAUCUGUACAUUGGAUGAUGAUCUCAUUCUGUUCCCAAAUCACGCAGAGGAUGAGCUAUGUCCUAUUCUAGAAGAUUAUAAACUCCAAGAUGGUAACGAUGGUAGCAAGGGGAUAUUCCUUGAAACGCAUAUGGAGCAAUGUCUGUGGACGAAUGCACCACCACCGGGGGGGAUGCCAGAAUUCCAAGACCUGCGUCUAUUGCAUGUCUUCUCAGAUAUGCCUCGACCACCAAUAUUGCGUUGGUCAGAGGAGGCGGUAGCACACCAUGAGAAUUUCAUUGACGGGGUGGUGAAUGACGGUGAUAGUAGUAGUAAGGAAGACAUAUCCCAGAUCAAUGAGGUGCUCCAACCAAGCCAAUAUCCAGUUGAACCUCAGGAAACCAGUGAAUUGGAGGAGGCGCUCAAUCCAACACAUGACAAAGUAGAAGCACACAAAAAUAGUGAAUCAGCCACAGAAGACUCCACAAUCAUUUCGCCACAUGUGUCACCCAAAUCUUGGUGGGACGAAUGGACUGAUAGCUUAAUGGGUCCUCAGAGGGAGUACCGGUACCCAUCACGCUUCCCAGUACAAACUCAAGAUAUUGAAUCACCAAUGGAUGAGCUUAUAUGCCCUUCGCAAUCGGUAUCAUCACACUCUUUUUUCGUCGAAACAGAGUUCACAGAUGAUGGAGGUCUGCCCUCGCUUGACGCCACAGACAAAGGGAGGGAACCCCAAUGGGAGGGCAAUGACAAAGGCAACUCACUAAGCAAUCAAGAGCCAACUAAGUCCAAUGAACCAUCCAUUUCUCUACCAAGGAUCACACAUCAACCCUCUCCUGGUGAAGCUAGCAAGGGGAGCGAACCCCUUUUGGAGGGCAAAGCCCAGUCAAUGGGCAAACAAGGGCUCAAUGGCUUGCAUGCCACCCCUUCCGUUCCUUCUCCCGGGACCAUGCAUGGGCUCUCGCUUGCUGGCACAGGCCACGGGAAUGAACCUCUGCUUGUCAAUGGCCAGCCACUACCGGUACCAUUUGUAGCAGGUAGCCAAGAGCUCGUGAACUUGCAUGUGGAACAUACUUUGCAUUAUUCAAGGACAGUACAUCAACCCUCUCUUGAUGAUACAAGUCAUUGGAGCGAACCUCUCCUGAGACAAAAUGACAACGAUGAGCCACUUGGAAACCAGGAUCUCGCCAGCUCUGUCGUGGAACAUUCCUCCUCAAGGCCGACACACCAAUCCUCCCUUGAAGAUAUUAGUAGUGGCCAAUGGACUGAAUCUCGCGACAAGCCACUUAGAAACCAAGAGUCCACCAGCCCGCGAGUGGAAGCUUUCAAUUCGGAGACCACACAACAACAUCUCUCAUUUGAUCAUACAUGCCAAUGGAGUGAACCUAUGUUGUUUGCUUCGGAGAGCAAUGAGCCAUUGGGCAGCUCAGUUCCAAUGAGUUUGCAGGUCCGACCUCCCAUGACCACUCGGAAACCGUCGACUGAAAGCAUGAGCAUCGAUAGUCACCAGAGCAGCGUAUCUCAUGUCUGGUUCUGGACCAUUCUAUUGCUUUGUGGUCUAGGCGGUCGAAUGAUCCGCCGACAACGUACCGGUACAGCUAACCGAUUGGUCCAUGCUCAGCCGGGUCUUCAUGUUCACGCACUUCAAUACAGUCAAAGUUUCGAACAAGAUACUUCUUCAGGGGAGGAUCGGUCUUUGAGGAGUGGGGAAAGCGCAGCAACGCCGGUGACAUCCAAUCUCUCGAAAGCAGAGACGGCCGCAGAUGACAACGCUACUUUAAGCGAAAACGGCAGCACAGGCCAAGCUAGACACGGAAUUGGUCCUCCAACAAGAGACAACAAUGGCCUGGAACCCACUCAAAUGGUACCAGGAGUGGCGGUCCCUGACGCAAUAACAAUUCGCAGCAACGACAUGGAACGUCUUGGGAACGAAGCAUUUUUAGUGCUUGCCACUGAUACACGUACUCCCAGACGAUGCAACGUCGGCAGGGAACAAUAUUACGAGACAGAAGAGGCCGUAGAAACAGCCCCGACAGAGGAGCAAAGAAGCCUUCUCACCGUCAUUGCGCUCCUAGCCCUUUCGGGAGGCGGUGUAUCGGCAAAAGAGAACGUGCGAGGCACUCUGCCCGUAGACAGCCAGAGCUCGGAAACAGAAAAGCUUGACUUGCACGACCAUGCAACUAUAAUCUCGAUGGCCAACGCACAAAGUGAAAGAGACACUACUGAGUCUAGUAUACUUGAAUGUGGGACAUCAAUGCCGGUGAAAGGAAGGGUCCAAUAUAAUUCGGAUGAGGAGCAACAGGAAGUUCUGACUGCCACUAAUGACCAUGGAAAUUUGAUCUGUACGAUGAACAGUCGAAGUGACAACGACAUGGAUACCAGUGGGGGUGACGGCGCGAAUAGCCCAGUUGACACUCUGUUCUUGGCUUCGAGCAUUGAAACAAACCCAUCGGUCGGAAGCACCAAAUAUGACAAUUAUCGUUUUGCUUCUAAUGACGAGGCUGAUAAAUCUUUGACAAGCUGGAGAGGCAGGAAUGCAAGCUACCUUUACGAACUUGAGAAUGAAGUUCUUGAAGCUGGAAAUCGGAUUGACGAAUCAUUAAAGGAAGUCUUGAACAUGUUUGAGGAAUCCCUGAAGCCGCCUAGUGAGGUGUACACGCAAGUUGAAGAGGAAUUGAGUUUUGCUGCAUCGGAUCUGUCGUUACACACGAAUAAGCUGAGUGUCAAGGGUUGCCAUGAAAGUGACAUAGAAACUACCGGGCCUGAUGUUUUCUUUGAGUGCAACCCGGCAAUGCAAGGGGAACACGAACCUGCUGCAAUUGAGGCACCCAGUUUGUUUGAGCACACGGAGUAUCUGUCUGGCGAUCUGCUUUCAGCUUCUAGCGUUGAAGCUGAUCCAUCGAUUGGCAGUAUUCCAUCCGACAGUCUCCAGUUGACUCUCAGUGGUGACACUGAUCCAUCUUAUAGAAGCUGGAGAAAAAGGCACGCAAACUUUCUUAAUGGUCUUGAAAAUAACAUCCAUCAAGUGGCAACCCAGAUUGAUAGGUCAAUGCAAGAAGUAAUGAAUAUGUCUGCCACCCAGUCGCUGAAAGGGGGUGAUAGGCACAGCGAUCGUGAAGAGGACGUGAGCCUUACUGAUUCUGAUUUCUUUCCGCUCUUGAAUGGGGUGGGCAUCCACAGUGACAGUGGGAGUGACAUCGAGAUUACUGAUCCUGAUCUUUUCUUUGAAUGCAUCGAAACACGAGCCUUCAAAGGGGAGCAUGAUCAUUCUGAUCGGACCCAACCAGGUCUAUUUGAGCACACAAUGCAUCUGCCCAAGGACAGUCAACAGGUGCUGGUUGCAGAGCGCAAUCUACUACAGCACAAAAAUCAGUUUGGCAAUCUGCUUGCAUCUUCCAGUGAAGAUACCAAUCAAACAGGUGGUAGCAUUCCAUCCUUCAAUCUCCACUUGACCUUCAGUGCUGAAACUGAUCCGUCUAAUGGAAGCUGGAGGGGCCGACACUCAAGCUUCCUUCAUGACCUCAAGAACGAAGUCUGCAAAACAGCAAACAAAAUCAACGAGUCUUUGAAAGAUGUUGUGGGUACAAGCAUCUCUCGCGCAUCUUCAAAGCUGAGUUGGAUGGAGGAGGAUGAAAGCUUCCAGGAACUGAAGGCAAACCAGACAAAUGGCAGUGAGAAGGACACGGAAGAGAUGAUGCAGGUUGACGACUUCGAGUCAGAACCAGAGACGCCGUUGCCUGCUGCAGAGUCGGAACAGCAAGCUGCUCGCCAGGUGGUGGCGGAAAGUGACCUGUUCAAUCGCACAAUAGAAGCUUGGAGUCCUGUGCUUCCCAUCGAAACCAAGACUCCUUUGCAAAGAAACAACUGCCUUGUGUUGAUACAAAAGCUGACAAGACUGUCAGCGGGAGGGACACCCACAGAUCAGCUCCUGGGCUUUGUGGAGGAUUGGGUAGUGUUUUCAUUGUCACCUUUCAGCCAAGCUCCUGCCGCUAGAAGACAACGGUUGUCCUUUAUGAUUCGAGACUUGUAUCAAUUCUUGCAAACCAAGUAUGAGCUACCAGCGUCGGCUGUGAUUACCCUCUUACCAUUCCUCAUCUCCACAGCAACUGUAGAGGAUAUCUGUUGCGAAGAACGCAUCGGUCAACUUGUGUUUCAAGCGGGGUCCAAGUUUGGAGAUUUCUUCGCGGAUCAGCAUAGUCGCUCUAACACGAGCUCGCCAUCAAGUACGAUGGUACGGCCAAUGCUGCUCGAUUUUGGCGUCGAGGCCGAACGUCGUUCUCCAGAAAAGCAACUAGCAAUCUUAAGGGAGAAGGCAAUAAUGGAAUGGGAAGUAAACAUUGCUGGUGAAUCCGCAAACAAGAGGCAGGUGGUGUCACCGAGACGUCGAGGAUUCGCCACGCUAGGGAAGCUGCCUGACAAGAUUCCUGUUCAUGGGAGCAACAGGCGCCAGUCCCCUCGGUCAAAAGACUCGUUCAUGUAUCGGGAAAGGUAUUUGAGGGCCGUCUUGAAUAUGAAUCAGAAGGUUAAGGAAGCCACAUCUUAA